GAAAGGAAGGUGGUAUGGAAAGAGGGUUCCAGUUGCGGGCACUCGAAGCUUUCCGGUUUCAACUCCGCGGAAAAAGAAAGGAGAAAUUUUGGAGAUAAAUUCGAAGAAAAAUCUCAAAUAAUUUGGUCAAAUCGCUUUCUUCUCAGAUCUAGGGAGGAUGCUGUUGUGAGUGAGAUGGAUUCUGCUAGGAGUUGGUUCCAAAAGCUGCAACUUAAAGAUAAGCAUAAGUCUCCUACCAAAAAGAAGGGGAUGGAGACCAUGGCACAGAAGCCUCCUACAGAUGAGGCCCCUUCCAACAUUACAAAGCAGAAGGUUGCUGCUGCAAAGCAGUAUAUUGAGAAUCAUUACAAGGCCCAGAUGAAAAAUUUGCAAGAUCGAAAGGAGAGACGCUGGGUUCUGGAGAGGAAGCUUGCUGAUGCUGAAAUUUCUGAAGAGGAGCAGAAUAAUUUAUUAAAGAACUUAGAAAAGAAGGAAACCGAAUACAUGCGACUCCAAAGGCAUAAGAUGGGAGUUGAUGAUUUUGAGCUUCUGACUAUAAUUGGCCGGGGAGCUUUUGGGGAGGUGAGACUCUGUAGGGAGAAGACCACUAGUCAUGUGUAUGCAAUGAAAAAACUCAAAAAAUCUGAAAUGCUUCGCAGGGGGCAGGUGGAACAUGUGAAAGCCGAAAGAAAUCUCCUUGCUGAAGUUGAUAGUGCUUUUAUUGUUAAGCUAUACUGCUCUUUUCAAGACCAAGAAUAUCUGUAUCUUAUCAUGGAGUAUCUUCCUGGUGGUGACAUGAUGACUUUGCUCAUGCGCAAGGAUACACUCACAGAGGAUGAGGCCAGAUUUUAUGUUGGCCAGACUGUUUUAGCAAUUGAAUCUAUUCACAAGCACAAUUACAUUCAUAGAGAUAUAAAGCCCGAUAAUUUGUUGCUAGACCGAAAUGGCCAUAUGAAGUUAUCAGAUUUUGGAUUGUGCAAACCUUUGGAUAGCAGUAAUCUACCCAAUCUAAGUGAACCUGACACAGCAACAAAGAAUCUACUGGACAGUGAAAAAAGAUCAUGUGCCUCCCCUGUACCCAAGCGCACACAACAAGAACAGUUGUUGCAUUGGCAGAAGAACAGGCGGAUGUUGGCAUAUUCAACGGUUGGUACACCUGAUUACAUUGCUCCUGAAGUUCUGUUGAAGAAAGGAUAUGGAAUGGAGUGUGAUUGGUGGUCGCUGGGUGCAAUUAUGUAUGAGAUGCUUAUUGGAUACCCGCCAUUUUAUUCAGAUGAACCAAUGUCAACUUGUAGAAAGAUUGUUAAUUGGAGAAAUCACCUUAAAUUCCCUGAGGAAGCAAAGCUUUCACCUGAAGCUAAAGAUCUCAUCAGUAGAUUGCUCUGUAACGUAGAGCAGAGGCUUGGCACCAAGGGAGCCCAUGAAAUAAAGGCGCACCCAUGGUUUAGAGGCAUUCAGUGGGACAAGCUAUAUCAGAUGGAAGCUGCCUUUAAACCUGAGGUUAAUGAUGAGUUAGACACCCAAAAUUUUGAGAAAUUUGAGGAGUCUGGAGCUCCAAUGCCUACUUCUUCAAAAUCUGGACCGUGGAGAAAGAUGCUUUCCUCGAAGGAUGUUAACUUUGUGGGCUAUACUUACAAGAACUUUGAAAUUGUUAAUGACCCUAGCAUCCCUGGCAUUGCAGAGUUGAAGAAGAAGAACAACAAACCAAAGAGACCAUCCAUCAAGUCUUUAUUCGAAACGGAAGCUACUGCAGAUCAGCCGGUCCAGGGAAGCUUUCUAAAAUUAUUACCGACACACAUGGAGGUCUCUGAAACACCCGAGCCAUCACCACACUCUAGCAGGUCAUCAUCUUCAUGUGACACACAAGCUCGACAUCGAUAACCCUCUUGAGUACCAUAACAAUUAAUUGUUAAUAGUCAAAUUGACAUGGAGAACCUGGAGUUUUUCCUUUUUUCCGUUCAUUGUUUCGUAUUUUGAGGUAUUGUCACAUAAAACCUGUGUAUCUGCUCCUGCUUAUCCUCAAGAGGGAUGAGUUUGACACCCCCCCUUGUUGUAAAUUUGUGCUUACUAUCAAACGACUUAUCGAUUGUUUCUAAUUGUCAUCUGAUCACUGCUGUAAUGAUAAUGCUAUUCUUUUUGUUUCGAACAAUACGAGUUUGCAGCUCGUCAUUUGGAUGCAAAAUGAAUUUGGUUUUA